UGUUCUGUUCCGUUAAGGCUUCCUGAUAACUGCGCACUAGCUGAGCUCCAUCGAAGGCACUAUACAGUAUGUUUAAGAGAGAUGUAAAGCUGGGUCACCAGUUACAGAACAGGUUAAGUGAUUGCGACGAACAGCGGAGACCAUGACGAACAGAAACGCGCAACUCUAAAACAAAUACUAACGUUAGUUGAAAUGGAGGCUCCAACUUAGGCUACACCCUGCAGCUUAGAUACCGCUUCAUAUCUUUAUAUUGUGAGGUGAGCAGGACACCAAUUCUAACAGAACAUGGAUAGAGGGUGGUUUAUUGGACAUGAGAGGAUCCCCCCUUUAAAGGAGCAGACGUCCAGCUCUUACAGCAGUAUCUCAAUGCCCUGCAUGACCAUCAACCUGACUGAAAUGCUUCAAGAUGACAAACCUAGUGCAGUAAAGAAGCCAGUUCCAAUCCGCCCCCCAAGCCCCAGAAUCUCUCUGCCAAGGGAGUUCCACCACAGUCUCUCCUGCGAACCCAAGCCUAAACCCAUCAUCCGACAACGGUCACGCUCUCUGCCUUCUGCCACAGAGAAAAAGAAGCGAUGCAGAAAUGUAGGUGUGCGGUUUGUUGACUCUUUGGGGCUCGACCUGGAAGACAUCAAACUUUUUAAAUCCGCAGAGGAUCCAUUUGUACCACAUCAUGUUUCCUUCAGAUUGUUGAUGGGUGCAGAGUUGGCAGAUGGAAGGCAUCUGGAGAUAUCCUUGCCAUACUUGAAGCCGGUUUUUGCCCAUCAACCUGGAGACCAGCAAGGAUUCCUGCAUCGCCUCAAUGAACAGAAAGUGUGUCUGGAGAGAGUAAUGUGUUUUGAACUUGGUGUCAUCGGAAUCACUCAGGUCCUCAAUUUGGACUUUGAAAAGGAUGUUAUAGCUCGAUAUUCAUUUACAGAGUGGAAGAACUGCACAGAAACUAAGGCCUCUUGGGUGUCCACCAUCACCAAGACCUUGGAAGGAGGAGGGGGCCAACUUAGUUGUGAUACAUUUCGUUUCCACCUGCCUGUUCCUCCCUUUUUACAACCAGGAGCAGUGUUGCAGUUUGCUAUUCAAUACAAAGUAUGUGGAGCUGAAUACUGGGACAACAAUAAUGGAGAAAAUUAUAAGUUAGUUUGCCAUAACUACAAGCUCACUGUGCCCAAAGAAUGCGAGGAUAGCAUGGUGCACUUCAUUUAGGAUACUGACUAAAGGUAGAAGAAAUCUAUUUAGUGCACUUCGUAACUGUUGUCAGCAAGAUAUGCCUAACUGCACUGUGACAUAUAGUGGUAAUAUUGUUAGACUUACAGAAGAUUUCUUUGAAUAAAGUUAGAUUCAAGAUAAACUGUCAACUCUGGCGGCCUGAGAGAGUGAACACAAACACUAAUGCACUUCUACCUGAUGUCAACUUGCCACAGUACCACUGUUUUACUGUUGUGUUCUUUUUUAAAUGCCACUCUAUGAUUUUCCUGCUAUUAAAAAAAAGCACUUCAAUGUGGGCACAUCAAAUGGAAGUGACUGAUCGUUAUAUAAAUAUUCAGUGUAAUUGAAAUUAAUGCAUGUCCGUCCACCGAUUUCUUCAAGCUGGUUAUCUGACAUAAAUUUAUACAAUUAAGUAUUUUUCUCUGUAUUCAGAGUUUAUUUUUUAAGCCAGACGUUGUCACAACAAAUGCCAAAUCCAUGCAAUAUACAAUUUAAUUGAAUCAAAAAUGAAUGCAUAUUUUGGUUAACAAUAAAGCACAAUUCCUCAUAA